GACAUGAUAAAGACUUCGAAUGUGUCUACGGUGUCUACCGAAUAUACUUUCGAUUCCAAGACGGCUAUAUUGCUGGAAAAUUUAAUCUGUUUAUUACGCGAAAAAAGAAGACAAAAUUUUGUAAACAAUUUCUUGUCAUUCUCUUCUAUUUGUCUUGUGUUUUGUGUGCAUACAAUGGGAUUUUCCGUGAAUUUAAAGUUCAUCAUCGUAAUUAUCGGUGUAGCGGUAGCAUUCUUUAAUUAUCCGCCUCCAUCACCUUCGCAACUCCUUACCGAAUGGAGGCAGUCUGGAACCUUUUUUACAUUUAAGGGCUACAACAUUUUCUAUAAAGAUGUAAAGGGCUCAGCUGCAGACACGAGAAAUCAACGAACCUUAUUGUUACUACAUGGUUUUCCUACGUCCAGCUUCGAUUGGUAUAAAAUGCUGCCAGAGUUGCAAAAAAGGUUCGAUCGAGUCAUUGCACCCGAUUUCAUUGGACUCGGAUUUUCAGAUAAGCCUACCAACUUCGGUUACCCAAUUACAUUCCAGGCAGAUAUUGUUGAAGCUUUGAUAGCACGAUUGAAGAUUAGUGACUUGGACAUUCUGGCCCAUGACUAUGGCGAUACAGUGGCACAAGAGUUAUUAGCUCGUUACAACGAUAACAAAUUGAAAUUCGACAUUAAAACAACAACGUUGCUUAAUGGUGGUAUUUUUCCACGAAAGCAUAUUCCAAUCGCUGGACAAAAAUUGCUACGAUUACCCUACCUAAAAUUCAUAUUCUCAAAAAUCGCCAAUUUUUACUUCUUCCGAGCGAGUUUAAAUCAAGUAUUCGGUACGAACAAACCUACGGCGGAAGAAAUUGACGAUAUGUGGUCACAGCAACGCUACUUGAACGGGUAUGAAGUUAUGAGUGAACUGUUGACCUACAUCGAUCAGCGCUUCCAAAAUGAAGAUCGUUGGGUUGGCUCUCUCGUCAAGUACAGUACGACAAAGCCGAUUCAUCUAAUAGCUGGUCCAGCUGAUCCAAUCAAUCCGAUUUUGUGUCAAAAUUUCAAGAAAAUGGUGCCACUUGGUUCUUGUGAUGUGUUGCCGGAUGACAUCAGUCACUAUCCAAAUCUGGAAGAUCCGAAAGGUCUUCUGAAGUUUUAUUUUGCUUUUUUGGAUAGCGAAUUGCUUACACCGUCUUCCAAUUAGGUGUUUGUGCAAGGGACCAUUGGAAUUAAAUCUUUUUGUAA